AUGUCAUGCCUGUUGCAAACUUUAGUAAACAAAAGUCAGCUGAGUACGGACGACGUGACCUAGCAACAACCCUUGCAGCCUCAGUCACAUGUUUUUAUCUGAGGGACGCAGUAGGAGGCCUAUUUUGAAGGCGGGAAAGUAAUCUCAGUACUUUUGCUCAUCAGAAUUGUGAUGGAUGAUGAUGCAAGAGCCUUAUUUGAAGAAGAGAAGAGUUCAGAUAAUGAUAAAAUCCAGGAUGAAGGAACGACUGAAGACGAAGGCGCAAGCACUGAUGCGCCAGAAAGCGACGAGUCAAGGGUAACGACAACUGGAACAACAAAUGUUCAUCCUGAUGACUUGCCACCAUCCUUGCCUAUAGAUAUCAGUGAACGAUCACCUCUGCUCUCUACAGCAGCUGCUGUUGCUGGUGUUUACUCAAGUUCCUGGACAAAUACUGUUGGUCCUUCACCUUACACAGUUGACAAUAAACCAAAGAGACGACCUUUUCACCCAACUGUUCCGGGUGGAAGAGGUAGUAUAGGUAGUCUUGUCAGAGUUGGCGAUGAUCAAGAUGGCGAUACCCAUCUUUAUACUAGAUAUAGAUAUUACUCAAGAUUACGAGCUCCUGUUGAACCAGGUGAUCCUGCACUGGUCAUUCCAGACCAUGUGGUUCCACGGGACCUGUUUCUACCUUACAUCCCUGGACAAAAGGUUGAUGCUGAUGGGAAACAAUCCUCGGCUAUUACAAUAAUAGCUAUUUGGAAUACUAUGAUGGGUACUUCAUUAAUGACUAUGCCAUGGGCAUUUGGUCAAGCUGGAUUUUUGGGUGGUAUGCUGAUCAUGCUUAUAAUGGCUGCAUUGGCAUUAUAUACUGCUAUUAGAUUACUAUCUCUACAGAAAAUCAUGGGAAUUGAAGGUCCAACGAUAGAACUCAGUAGACUUUGUAGACAGUUGUUUGGAGGUGUGGCUGGCAAAUUGACAGAAGGACUGAGUGUGAGUUUUUCUGUGUUAACUCUUGUAGGAGCUCAAGUUGUGUAUUGGGUCCUCAUGUCUAACUUCCUCUUCAAUACAGGAGAAAUUAUUUAUGAUGCUGUUAAAGGGGAACUCCAUAAUGACUCCUCAAGUGCAUUACUGUGUCCCCCAAAUGAUACCACUGUUAAACAGCUUACUGAUGCACCUUCAACAUUCCAUCGUUGGUGGCAGCAGGAUCUUACAGUGCCUCUUUACCUCAUCGUUCCUUUUAUCUUCAUAUUAAACUUACGGGAUGCCAAAAUCUUCACCUAUUUCAAUUCUUUAGGUGCGAUAUCUGUGUUAGUGAUGUAUCUAUUUGUGAUAUCAAAAGCUGCCCUUUGGGGGAUCAACUUGAACUUUACUGAUCCCACUGAUGAAUUUUACGUUCCUCUAUUUAAGAAUACAUUCAUGUGUCUUACUGGAACCUUAUCCUUGGCUUACUUCAUUCACAACUGUGUCGUUACUAUCAUGCAGGGCAACAGAAAUCAGGAAAAUAAUGUACGAGAUUUGUCAAUUGCAUAUGUUUUGGUUGCCGCAACUUACAUUCCUAUUGGUGUCCUGUUCUACUCAGCUUUUCCAUUACCAAAGUUCUGUGUUGUUGAUAAUUUUCUUGACAACUUUCCUCCGCACGAUAUAGUUCUGGCAGUUGUGCGUGGCUUCCUGUUCUUCCAGAUCUUGACUGUAUAUCCCCUGCUGGGUUUCUUUAUUCGCAACCAACUCUUCACUUAUUUCUUGGGUCCAAACUAUGAAUAUGAGCUAUGGAGGGUUGUCAUCCUCAAUGUGUGUCUGGUUACACUGUCAGUACUUGUUGCCAUUUUCUAUCCGAACAUUGGGUUUAUUAUAAGGUGGGUCGGAGCAAUCUCAGGCUUGGCAUAUAUCUUUGUACUGCCUUGUGCAACCUACAUGUAUGCAAUGUAUGUUUACAAGAAGCUGUAUUGGUACAAUGUUUUGAUUCAUGGAUGCAUCAUCUUGCUGGGGAUUGUUAAUUUUGUUUCUCAGUUUCUUACAGUAUAAAAUGUCCAGGUGAAUGUUUUUAUCAUUUGUAAUAUUUUACAUUUGAAGUCUUUGGUUUGUGUAUACAUGUAGACAUGUUGUAGUGCACAAAUCAGUGUUUUAUUUUAGAGUGGAAUGCUGUGAUUCAGAUUUGAAUUUGUUAUGGCAUUCAUAGUACUGUAUACUAAUACAUUUUUAUUGAUAUGUCCAGAAUAUAUAAUGUACUACAUCAGUGAUACUAUAUUUAUUUUUCAAAUACUAUAUAUACCUCAUGCAUUAAGAGAAUACUGUGUGUAUCUUCAAGAAGGGGUGUUUCAUAUGAGUUGUGAAAUUAUUUUAUUUGCAAGGUUAUACUGUAGUGAUGAAGGUGUACACUUUGAAGUGUUAGUUUGAUUGUAAUAAUUACUGAGGGUAAAAUAACAUAUUUUAAAUAUACUUGCACAGUAAGGCCUUUGUUCAUGGUAUUGACGUGUGUAUGUACAACUGCUACAUUUUCAGAAUUGUGCCUUUAUUAUCAUAUUCUUGCCAUAGAGUGAUAUUCUACUAUAGUAUUUCAGUAGUUGAGGCAUGCAAUAUUAAUUUCAGGUCAUGGUGUGAGGUAGUAAUGGAUCUACACUGGUCUUGGUAAAGAUUCUGCUAAUGAGAUUCAUUUUGGGUGUAGGAAGUGUCCAUUUUUUUCUUUUUAUACUAAAUUUUUAUUUUUUAUUAGGUAUGACAUGACCAGAAUCUCAUCAAGCAGUUGUAGCAUAAAACUUCUGGUAAUUAGGUAUUAGUAAUGAAGUCUAUUUGUAAAUAGUUAAAAACCAUAAACAAAUACAAAUAAAAUAAUAUUCAGGUAAAACAGACCAGUGCAAAUCUGGAGAAAUACAAAGUCUUGAGUGUUUUUUGAGUACAGUGUAUAAUUCUUUCCUUUUGGGGAAUAUAUUCAUGACCUUUAAAAGGAUCAUUGAAUCUUCUUGACUCAUUACCAGUGAUUAUCAGAAUUCUUAAAUUUCACUACUGCAGAUUAGUAUUGUAGAUCCAUUUUUUUUUUUUUUUUUUUACAUUUUUAACUAGUCUCUUCAUUUGUUCCCUGAGUAUUGAUAAUUUACAGGUGACUUUUUUUCAGUUUUAAGUUGUGUUCAUUGUAAGUUCCAAAGAUUAAAAAUAAUUUUUUAAAUUUCCACUAAUUUUUGUGAAUAUUGUAUAUUUUAUAGUAAAGUAUGAUUUUUAUACUGUGGAAAAAAUAUAUAUAUAUAGCGUUUCACACUUAAGUAACCGUGAUGGUUACCGUCAAUGUUGCUUUUGUAAAUUUUGCCUGUAUUUCAUCAACCUGUCAUGUUGAGUAAUAUUGCUCGUGUCAUAUAAUAACAGGAGCAGUCUUUAGUCCACCAGUAGUGUGAUUCCUAUAGUGAUAUUCAGUUAGUAUUUUGUAGAAGUUAGCAUUCUCUGCUGAAUGUAUACAUACAUUAAUUUCAGAGAAAAAGAAUUUUGAUUUUACCAUAUUUUGUGGUGGAAUUUCCUAAACACAACAGCCCCACAUGAGUGCUAACUUUCCUGAAGACAUAACAAGCUUUGUCCGUGUGUAACCCUGGAAGGUUACGUUCCCAGCAAACUUAACAUUAAACUGAUGCCUGUCAGGCUAAGUAGGGAAAGUUGGCUAAUUUCAUUUAGCUUCUGUUAGCUAGCACUAAAGCAUCUUUUAAAUAGCAUCCCUUGUUUUAUCCCAUAUGUUCUUCCCUUAGGUUGGACAUAUUAAAUUUAAUUUUCUGUUACUCCUUUGUUUAUCUCAGGCCUGUAGUUGAAUUGCUUUGAUUUUUUCAUUCACACAUUGGUAAUUGGUGUGAGGUAAAAAAUCUGGCUUUACACUUUAUUGAAAGAAUCUUAAUGUCUAAACUUAAUACAAGAACAUACUGACAAAUUAGCUGGUAGUAUAAGAUAUCAGAUUUUUACAAUUCUAAUGAAUAAGCUGGUAGUUUAAAAUGUCAGAUUUUGAAGAACACUCCAGUGCAAGGAAAAAUGCUAAGCAAAAGAUGACAACAAGAUUGGAACUAAGUGAGCUCUAUGCCUUAUGUAUUUUACAUCUGAAGCGAAGGCAUGCAGUAUACAUGAAGGUUCUUUGCAACUAUCAGUAUGCAUUAACUGUGUUAGGUUGAUCGCCUGUACCUGUUUAUUUUGAAAACUUACCCCAUAUAUAGUAAUGUGUUCCCUUCUGAGAGGAUAUUGGAAAAUAUGCAGCAAGAAAAUACAUUUUUCAGUGAUUUUCAUUGAUAUCCCAAAAAUUCCCCAGUAUAAAGAGAGAAGCACUGCAAGGGAAGAGCUUUAGUGGUUGGGUUGAAUUGUUUAGAUUCAUAAAGCCCUGCUUGGCUACUGAAUGAACUAAGCAAGGCUGUAUCAGAUAAGUCUGAUUAGGCACAGCAACCAUAACUUUGUUUACUAUAGGGUUCUGAGAACAGUUCCCCAGUAAUGUUAGGACUUGGCUACUUGUUCUUUAAACACAAGAGGUGGUUUGAAGCCUUAAAUUUUAUAUUGUAAAAACUUUGUGAUAAUUGUAAGAAAAUAUUCUCUAAAAAGCAAAUGUAAGUUUGUGAUAAUUGUAAGAAAAUAGCCACUAAAGAGCAAAUGUAAGUUGUAACUGAUUUUUAAGAAGACUGAUUGAUAUUGAUAGAAAAUUUAAAUUUUAAUGCUCAUUUGUAUAUAAUGUAAAGAAAUUAAUAACUCCUAUUUUUAUACUGGAACAUGUUCCAAUAUAUAAAUAUUUAAGGAACGUAAGUGUAUUGACUGUAUUGUAACAUUUUUGAAAAGUGAACGAGCUUGACAAGUCUACAUUUGAUUUCUGUUUGUAAUAGUAUAUAGUUUUUUUAAAUGUUUAUGCCGACCAUGUUGGACCAAAAGUUCAAAAUUGCCAUCUACAAGUGAGUACUUAUGCUUUUACCUAUGCCUAUGUGAUUUGAUGUAUGUCUGUGCUUGACUACUGAUCUUGAGAGUGACUAAAUUUUAUCAUAGUUAUUUUAAUUUUGUUUUAUUUCUUAGUAUUUUAACUUUGUUUUUUAAAUUUAGAUGGGGCAUUUGGAAAGCAUAAGUAUGUUCUUCGUCCCUUGAAACUUGAUGGAUUCAGUAGUAUUUAUUUUCUUGCCAGUGUUGGCAGUAUGUAAAAAACAUAUACCUGUUCUUUUGUUAGGUGAAAAAGUACUUAGCCUUUUUGAAAUUAUUGCAUAUUUAAAGACAGUAUUAAUAAAGGAAAAAUAGAAAACAUAUUUUAAGUGUGGUUAUGGCAGGUGUUGUUAUCAGGUGUUGUUAUAACAUAUUUUCUUUGAUGAGAGGAAAGAAUCUUAUAAGAUUAAAAUGUUCAGAAUUGAAA